UUGAUAGUGCACAGUGCGAGCCCAAUGGAAGCUCUAGGGGGAUAUCGGAGACGAAGCGUGAUGGUGCCACACCCGCUAUACUCUCCGGUGACAAGGCAUUCACGAUGAGACCAUAUGCACCUUCGCGGGCCCCUCCCAUGCUGGACCGGAUAGACUUCCCCAUUCCUCCAGUGACUGGUGAUCUCAACGAGGCGAACAUGACUGCCUCCCGACAACCAGCAAGGGGAAUGGAUUCCCGUGGACUUCAUGCAGACACUAGUAGACACAACAUUUGCAAUGGGGCCCCUGCAUGGGCGACUCGUCAGACGGAACCAUAUUUACCAUCACAGCUGUUUCCACCCAACUUCUGCUUAGAGAAUGCGGAGAGUCCCCGGAAUCUUCCUCCAUGGAGGGACCGGCGGCCAUAUCCACUGCCACCACCAGCACCAAACCCCACGACGCGACGACGAUCGCGGGCUCUACCCACACCACCUGGCGGGAACAUUAACUCACCAUCCCACCACGACAGCCUUGGGCGGUAUCAAAGAUCAUUGGCACACACAACACAAUCUACUUACACGCACCUGCAAGCUCAAAUCGACCACUGGCGUGAUGAGUGUGUUCGCCAGAACCUUCAGGACAGUCCAGCCUGGGGAUAUAGCAUUGUGGAUGAGGCAAAGGGAAAGUCCAAGGAAGUAGACCCACUCACUGAUCUGAGCGAUCAUCCAUUACGAAACCCGACAUUGGCGAACGACUACAAACUUACUGUUGCACCGCCUGACAUCAUUGAUUUCAAUUGUGGCCCUAGCCAUGUGGCUUCAGUUUCGGGUUCUCCGUUCUCGAUUCCGUGUCAAGCAACUGGUGCAACCUCAGCACCGAAUAAUUUAGCACUGCACAAUCCUCCCGUGAGCGGUACUUGAUAUGCAAACUAGGAUGUCACACUCAUUUUCAAUCUAGAUCCCGCCAAAUGCCACAUUCGAGGGCGUCCCUGCCGCGUAUGAUGACACUCAGAAGCGGCGC